GUUCAGUUUGUAUCAGUUCAACGAAGGAACAUGUCACCGGUCGUGCUAGAAGCUACUCGUCGAAGUCGCGUCGCGCAGUAGGUCGUGCUUUUCGCGAAGUGUUCAAAGUCCGCCCGGCGUUUACUUGGAUCCGUCCAGUACUUUUUGUCGUUUUUUAUUUUGUAAAAAGUGGAAAACUCUGUGAAACCUCAAAGAUGACCGCCACCAACAACGAGCUGCUGGGGCUGGCCUUCAUGGCGUUCUUCAUCAUCACGCUCUCGUCCACGGCCCGGUACUACUUCAAGUUCUUCUGCUUCGUGGUGCUGUCCGUGGUGUGCGCCGUGGGACCGGUUCCGCUGAUGCUGCUGCGGCCACGCGACUACCGGAACGCGCUACUGCCGGCGUAUUUGUGCACCAAGUUCGGCAAGGCGCUCGGGGCGUCCUUCGAGGUCCGGGGGAAGGAAAACGUUAACCGGCAGCACGGCGGGGUCGUCCUGAUGAACCACCAGAGUGCGCUGGAUUUGGUCGUCCUGGCCUACUUGUGGCCCAUCGUUGGGCGCGCCACGGUCGUGGCCAAGCGCGAGGUGCUGUACAUGUUCCCGUUCGGGUUGGCCAGCUGGCUGUGGGGCACUCUGUUCAUCGACCGGCGGAACCAGACCUCCGCCAAAACCGCCAUCAACAAGGAGUCCAAGGCGAUCAAUGAGAAACAGGCAAAAAUCCUAUUCUUCCCUGAGGGAACCCGAGGAGAGGGGGACAAUUUGCUUCCGUUCAAGAAGGGUUCCUUCCACGUGGCUAUUGAGUCCCAAGGGAUUGUACAACCCGUUGUGAUCUCCAAGUAUCACUUUCUGAACUCGAAGGCGAAAAUUUUCAACAGAGGUCACAACAUCAUCCACAUCCUGCCGGAAAUUUCGUGUGCCGGCAUGACCAAGGAUGACAUCCCGGCGCUAAUGGACCGCGUGCACGACCUGAUGCAGGCCGAGUACGAAGCGCUCAGUGAAGAAUCGUUGGCGAUUAACAAUCUUGGCAAAAGUCUUUAGACCAGCUUUCUAACAAAAGCUUGAUUUUCCACCACAAUAAAAAUCUAAUGACGGGGGGAGGGGGAGGUCAUUUUUUAAUCUCCCAAAGUUUGCUUCCCCAAAGGGAGAGAGAAAAUGGUGCUCCACCUUCAAAAAUGAAAAUAGCACAAAAGAAUUGCUCAAAGAAUUAAUUUUCCCCGCCACGAACAAGAAACCGCCGAAAUAGCAACUGAACAACUCAUUUAAAAUUUAUACAAAAUAUUUUCUUUACGAAAAACACCAAAGCUGGGAUGCUUCUAGUGCAAAUAGUCAGGAAAACGUGUCUUAAUCCGGAACAUUCAUGCCAGGAGUGGGUAGAACUAGUAGCUUUAAAGGGAUUAAGCGUAGUGAAAAUUAAAGAGAGAGAGUGUGUUUAAAGUUCCUCAAAUUUCCUCAAAGAAGUGGUGGAUGAAAAAUGAUCUUUAGAUACAACAUGAAAUUGAAGUAAGGGAAAAAUGAUAGAUUGUAAAUAUUUCUAUGUAUUCAGUAAGUAGAAAUUAAGCGUAAAAAUCAGGUGAGCAAAUAGCAAUAAACAAAAUGUAUGUAUAUGUGAUACAAGUUCAAAGAAAUCUAGAAGAAAAAGGAAUUGAAAAUAAACAUUUUGAAAAAAUACUAAA